AUGAAGCGAUUACCGGAGCAUUUGACUCCCACUGACUUCUACCACGGAUUGCGCCCUUUUCUACAGGGAUAUAAGGCUCUCAGUCCUCAUGAAAUAGUAUUUGAAGGAAUGGAGGAACUCGGACCAAUGGCAUAUUGCGGAGCUAGCGCAGCACAGAGCUCAACAAUACAGUUGAUAGAUGCGUUCCUAAAAGUUGAACAUUCAGGUUUGUAUUUGAACAUUUUUCGAAGACAGUUCGUUUAUAAAAAAAUCAAAUCUCACUGGUAG